AUGGCAAGUACCCCUCCUUGCAUUUCUCUUCUAGGCAAAACUGCCCUUCAAAGAGAAGAAAAGCUAUUUUUUGCUUUUCUUGAAAAAGGGGGAAGGAAGCUAUAUCCUCAACAUGUGCCAGAAUAUGAUUCGCAAUACUUGACUAUCGAUAAUGAUAUCAUUAAUCAAGCAAUGCCACCCCAAGAAGAGAAGAAUAUGGUUAAGGAUGAUGUGAUAAAACCAAGUCCUUAUUUUCUCAAUGUAGUACAUACCGCAAUGGGAACAGUGCCAUAUUACCUACUAAUCACAAUGGCCGAAACGCCGGAGUGA